AUGCACCUGAAACCCAUAACCCUCCCCCUCCUCCUCCCCCUCCUAACCCUAACCCUACCCACCGCAACAACCGCCUCCGCCAUCCCCCUCAGGAAGCAACUCCACCCCGCCAACGCCACAAUCACCAACCAAUGCCCCUUCCCCAUCUAUCUGACAGCCGUCUCCUCCCUCACGCCCCCGGAAGUCCUUCUGGGGGUCAACGCAAGCUACACGCACCCCUACCACCACGACCCGCAAACCGGCGGCAUCAGCCUGAAGCUCACGACGGUCCCGAACGGGCUGUACACGGGGGCGGCGCAGACGAUCUUCGCGUACACGUACCUCGAGCGGACGGGCCAGGUGUGGUUCGAUCUGUCGGAUGUGUUUGGGGAUCCGUUCCGGGGGUUUCGGGUGAGGUUGGGGCCGAUGCCGCUGGGGGGGAAUGGGACGGAUACGAUUGUGUGGGAGGAUGGGGUGCCGCCGCGGGGCAGUCAGGUUAGGGUUGUCGGGUGUGAGGUGGGGUUGGGGUUGGGGGUUUGUGUUUGAUUCUCAGUUGGGUUGUGUUGAAGGGGGAUGGGGU